CAGAACAGAGAGCACAUUUAUUUGAGAGAGAGAGAGUGAGAAUUUUUAUCUAAUCGUGCCCUUCACCCUCGUCUCACCCUGUCGUCAUUCACCAUUUCAUCAACCUGUUGUUGUUGUUGUUGUUGUUUUUUUUUCAUUGUCGGUAAAGAAUUUAAGUAAUGUUGACUUUGAGUCGUUGACAGGUGCAAGGUGCAAGUCAAAAUAAAAAACACGAGUUAGCACUCGGUUCAGAUUGAUAUAUAUUUAUAAUAUUACGUAUACACACGCGUAUUAUUUGAUCUGUGGAUGGAGCAACAACAGCAGCAGCUUUCUGUCAACAUGGCUGGAGAUAAAAUUUGCUGUGCCUACGUCGAGGUAGGAAAUGGCGAGAACUCGGAUUUGAAGGAAGAGGAAGCAAAGGAGGAGGAGGCUACCUCUGCGGAAUUUGAGUUCUCGACAAAUGCGUGCUACAUUUGCAACGGGUUCUAUGGGCCGUGCUUUGGAGAACCCGUUUGUCACGUGUGCCACGAUUUUUUGUUCCCCGACGACACUGGACUUCUUCAGGCUCAAAUAUGCAGCGAAAAGACAGAUGAUGAGGACUCUGGGAACGAUGAGCCUGUCGACAUGUAUUACAACACCGAGAGGAGAGCCAGUCAAACUGAUAACAAUUCGUCACAAGAUUCAACUCCCCUUGUGUCCAGCCCGUCCGACAAUGAUGAAAAUGAUCAAAAUCAACCACCAUUUUUUCAACCUAUGUACAAUCAUCAGCCAGCAGAACAGAAUAAUAUACCAAUAAAUAACGGAGAUGUGGUUCAUCAGGAAGAACUCAACAUUGACAAUCCCCAGCAGAAUCCUAAUCACAAUCACAACGAGUUGCACUUGGAUUUUAAUAAUCUUCAAAUACGACAGGAUGUGGAAAAUAAUCCUCAGCAUGAUGUUCUUGAGGAAGAUUUUCAGAGUCCUGAAGAAGAUUCGGUGCCAGCUGAAGAGUCUGAACCUGAGCAGGAAUUCCCGGUACUAUUUCAGCCAGUGAAAAAUGGUGAAAGGUACGCUGAUAAAGGAGAACCGUCGAGACCUUGGAAUUUAUCAAAAAGACUCGAUUUAUUGACAAACUACAGACACGUUGAGCACGUAUCCGCUGGGGAACCGGAAAUAGUCAAUAGGCUACCACCAGAAGUUCUCUUGGCAGUAUUUUCUCAUUUGGAUGAUUUGAGCCUUUGGAGUGUAGCAAACGUAUGUAGAAGAUGGUGCAAUUUAUUAUCUAGCCACGUCACAUCCGAAAUGUGGGAAAAGCAUGUAAAGUUAAGGUGGCCCUUGUUUAAAAAAAUAAAUGGUACUGUAAAUAAUUGGUAUAAAGUAUACGACAGACUUGCAUCUUCUGCUCCGUGCAAGACUUGCUUGUCACAAACGUCUUUGUAUCGCACACGGUCUCUCAGAGUAGAGGAAAAUUCUUGGAGGAGACAUAGAUUACGCAUUGAACUCAAGGGUUUAAGAAGUGAUCCUCCAGAUGGGAUUGAAGCAGCGCCUCUCGAUCAAAUGUGCUGUCACUGGCAAGCCACAAUCACCGGACCUUCUGGCAGCCCGUACGAAGGAGGGUUAUUUUAUCUUUAUCUCCAAGUACCUCAGAGUUAUCCAAUGAGGCCACCUGUCGUAAGAUUUUUAACUAAAAUACUUCAUCCUAAUGUGUCAAGGCAUGGAGAUGUAGGCAUCGAUUCUAUUCAUCAUAAUUGGUCAUUAGCCUUGACAAUAUCUAAAGUUCUAAUCAGUGUUCAAAGCUUACUUACGGAUCCAUAUUGUCAAGUUUGCAUGGAGCCAGAGUUGGGAGAUAUGUAUAUGAAUGACAGAGCUAGGUUUGAAAAAGUUGCUCGCGAAUGGACGUGGAAAUACGCUAUGCAUAGUGAUGCUGAACCCUCCUAGCUUAAGACAUUCUUAUUUAUAAGUAAAAAUUGUGAUGCGUAAUUAAGAGAUAAAAAUAUUUUAUCACGAAAACUAAUUUCCAAAAGAUUUAAAUGCAAAUAUAUAACAAAAUUUAAGCUUCGAAACUCUUAAUUUUAUCGUUGUCAAUAAUAACACAAAAUGUGCAAAGUCCUGUAAGAUCGGAAGAAAAAAAACCUGUAGUAGAGCGACAUGAUCAACUCCGUUAUCUAGGUGCUCCAAAAGAUGGAUGAAAGAUUUGUACCCCCAAAGCAGUAUUCUCUAUCAAAAUAACACAACUUUUUACAAACUAUGUGCUAGCAGUCAAAUGAAUAUCAACAUAAUUGAGUUCUUUAAACGGCUCAAUAUGAAUUAUGAACGCUCCAAGUCCGUCGGAAGUAUGGGUGCCAUUCAACAAUGGAAUUACAAAUGUGAGUUGCAAAGUUUUAUAUUAAGAUAUGUGAUUUGUCCGAAUCGACGGUGUAAUUCAUUAAGGUUUGAUAUAUGCAGUGCACGGAGCACUUAAUAUCCGAUUCGGAAACCUUCGUAGUAUAUGCGAAUCCAUACGUGGUGAAAAAAUCAAACACUUUAUGAAGGCUAAUCAGUUUUAAGACGUUGAACUUUGCACAUCAAGUGUCACUAGGUACGACUGAUACAUUUAUCACUAAAGCAAAAAGUGUAAUCGCAAUAUGAAAGUUUUUUUUCCAAUUUACACGUUAAACUUUGUUUUAUUACAGAAACGUUAUUUAAUGAAUCGAUUGAAACCAAUUCUCGUUUCAAACAAAAUUUUACACAUUUCCAUUUUCUACAUUUUUUCAUUUUUUCCAGUUUUUUCUUUUUUCUUACCUU